AUGGGGGUAGAUCUACCAUCAAAUGCCUGCUGCACGCUCCUCUUUAACGAUUGGGUUUGGAUCCGCGAGGUCGGGCCCGGGGCCGAGGCUGAAGCAGAGGCUGAGGCUGAGGCAGCUGCAGAGAGGGAGGCAGAGGCUGAGGCUGAGGCAGAGGCCGAGGAGGGAGCUGCCCCGGAGGACGGUGGAUUCGAGUCUGAACUCAACGCCCCCAAAGGUGUGAUUACCUGCGCCGCCAAAUCUGCCGCCGAAGCCGAUUCAAACUACAAGCUCCCGCAAUGUUUCCCAAUGAGUGAGGCUGAAUUCGCUUCUCUCACCUCGAUGUUCGUCCUAGGCGGUCUGCUUGGAGCCUUGGUCUCGGGGCCUUUCUCUACCAGCCAUGGUAGAUUGCUGGCUAUGCGUGCCACUAGUGUCUUCUUUAUUGUGGGAGCAAGUCUAGAGACCCUCGCUGGCACCGUCCCCAUCAUGUAUAUCGGGAGGUUCCUAUCUGGUGUGGGAGCCGGCGCAUCAACCGUUGUUGUGCCCUUAUACAUCUCGGAGGUGGCCCCGCCCCGGGAACGGGGUCUGUUUGGCUCUAUGACGCAGGUUACGAUCAAUAUCGGGAUUUUGCUCACCCAGACGCUGGGUUAUUUCUUGAGCCAGGGCUCAUUGUGGAGAAUUAUCCUCGGUGUUGGAGCGGGAAUCGGCCUCUUGCACGGCCUCGGUCUCCUCCUGGUCCCGGAAAGCCCAGCUUGGCUGGCAGCAAACGGGGACGUUCAGCGGGCUAUUCAAACACUACAGCGCAUCCGUGGGCAGGGAAACUCGAUUGCGGAAGAGAUCGAGGCAUGGGAUGUCGACAAGGCAGUGGCAGAAGAGGAGGCGCUCCUUGCAGAUCCCGACCGUACAUCUCGUCGAGGCUCCACCAACAGCAAAGACUCUCACAAGGCCGUGAUUCAUGUAGGCUUCUUCGGGGUGCUGCGUAACCCCCUCUACCGUCCCGCCAUCAUAGCCGUAAUAGGCAUUAUGUUCGCGCAACAGUUUUGUGGGAUCAACAGCAUAAUGAUGUACUCCGUUUCCCUACUCCAUGGCGUGGUACCCCUCUCCUCCCGCGGCCUCACCAUCAUGAUCUCCCUUGUCAAUCUAAUCACAACCGUUGCGUGCGCCCCACUAGCAGACAAAAUAGGCCGUAAAGCCUGCUUACUUCUCUCCAUCACUGGCAUGGGCUCAAUGUCCCUCCUCCUCGCUCUCUCCCUCCGCUGGGAAAUCAAGAUUAUGUCCGCCAUCUCAGUGCUUUUCUUCGUCGCUUUCUUUGCUACUGGUCUCGGCCCCGUCCCUUUCAUGAUGGCGUCUGAGCUUGUGGGCCAGGAAGCCGUGGGAGCAACGCAGAGUUGGUGUUUGGCGGCAAACUACGUCGCUACAUUUAUCGUAGCGCAGUUCUUCCCCAUCCUCAAUUCCUGGUUAAAUAAUACGCUUGGUGGGGAGGGAUGGGCCUACUUUGUAUUUUCGGCACUGGCUGCCUUGAGCUUUCUAUUUGUUGGGUGGAGGGUCCCCGAGACAAGGUGGAAGAAAGAUGUGGAUGAGGUUUGGGGGAGGACGAGGAGGGUUGAUUAG